AUGGCCGCGCCGGCCCCGGGCCUCAUUUCAGUCUUCUCGAGCCCGCAGGAGCUGGGCGCGUCGCUGGCGCAACUAGUAGCGCAGCGGGCUGCGUGCUGCCUCGCUGGGGCCCGCGCCCGCUUCGCGCUCGGCCUGUCAGGCGGCAGCCUGGUCUCCAUGCUGGCCCGCGAGCUGCCCUCCGCCGCCGCCCCCGCCGGGAACGCCAGCCUGGCGCGCUGGACUGUGGGCUUCUGCGACGAGCGCCUCGUGCCCUUCGAGCACGCCGAGAGCACGUACGGCCUCUACCGGACCCACCUCCUCUCCAGGCUGCCCAUUCCCGACAGCCAGGUGAUCACCAUUAACCCCCAACUGCCUGUGGAGGAAGCAGCUGAGGACUAUGCCAAGAAACUGAGACAGGCCUUCCAAGGGGACUCCAUCCCAGUUUUUGACUUGCUAAUCCUGGGUGUGGGUCCUGAUGGCCAUACCUGCUCACUCUUCCCAGACCACCCCCUCCUGCAGGAACGAGAAAAGAUUGUGGCCCCCAUUAGCGAUUCCCCGAAGCCUCCACCACAGCGUGUGACCCUCACACUCCCUGUGCUGAAUGCAGCCCGAACUGUCAUCUUUGUGGCAACUGGAGAAGGCAAGGCAGCUAUUCUGAAGCGCAUUUUGGAGGACAAGGAGGAGAACCCGCUCCCCGCCGCCCUGGUUCAACCCCACACCGGGAAGCUUUGCUGGUUCCUGGACGAGGCUGCAGCCAGACUCCUGACUGUGCCCUUUGAGAAGCAUUCCACUUUGUAGCUGUUCCUGAGGGACACCACCACUGCUGGGACCAAGCACUGCCCAGCGGGGCCAAGACCUGCUGGGGCUGGGCCCCACCGCCACCACGCUUGGGCUUCUUUUUCGAAAAGCCGAGUGGUGCUGCUGGAAGCCAACAGUGUCCUGCCACCAGCCCUGCCUGGGGGGCUCAGCCCAGGGCCCUCACUCCAGACAACCCAGAUAUUAAAAAGAGCAUUUGCUUGAAGUCGCCACUGUCUCCUGGUCCUUGGUGGGCA